CCCCGGCGCGAGCGGCCCCGGCCCGGGCCCCGGCGCGGGGAUGGACGGCCCCGGGGCCAGCGCUGUGGUCGUGCGCGUCGGCAUCCCGGACCUGCAGCAGACGAAGUGCCUGCGCCUGGACCCGGCCGCGCCCGUGUGGGCCGCCAAGCAACGCGUGCUCUGCGCCCUCAACCACAGCCUCCAGGACGCGCUCAACUAUGGGCUUUUCCAGCCGCCCUCCCGGGGCCGCGCCGGCAAGUUCCUGGAUGAGGAGCGGCUCCUGCAGGAUUACCCGCCCAACCUGGACACGCCCCUGCCCUACCUGGAGUUUCGAUACAAGCGGCGAGUUUAUGCCCAGAACCUCAUUGAUGAUAAGCAGUUUGCAAAGCUUCACACAAAGGCGAACCUGAAGAAGUUCAUGGACUAUGUCCAGCUGCAUAGCACGGACAAGGUGGCCCGCCUGCUGGACAAGGGGCUGGACCCCAACUUCCAUGACCCUGACUCAGGAGAGUGCCCCCUGAGCCUCGCAGCCCAGCUGGACAAUGCCACGGACCUGCUGAAGGUGCUGAAGAAUGGCGGUGCCCACCUGGACUUCCGCACUCGCGAUGGGCUCACUGCCGUGCACUGUGCCACGCGCCAGCGGAAUGCGGCAGCACUGACGACCCUGCUGGACCUGGGGGCUUCGCCUGACUACAAGGACAGCCGCGGCUUGACACCCCUCUACCACAGCGCCCUGGGGGGUGGGGACGCCCUCUGCUGUGAGCUGCUUCUCCACGACCACGCUCAGCUGGGGACCACCGACGAGAAUGGCUGGCAGGAGAUCCACCAGGCCUGCCGCUUUGGGCACGUGCAGCACCUGGAGCACCUGCUGUUCUACGGGGCCAACAUGGGGGCCCAGAAUGCCUCGGGGAACACAGCCCUGCACAUCUGUGCCCUCUACAACCAGGAGAGCUGUGCUCGUGUCCUGCUUUUCCGUGGGGCCAACAGGGAUGUCCGCAACUACAACAGCCAGACAGCCUUCCAGGUGGCCAUCAUCGCAGGGAACUUCGAGCUUGCAGAGGUCAUCAAGACCCACAAAGACUCGGAUGUUGUACCAUUCAGGGAAACCCCCAGCUAUGCAAAGCGGCGGCGACUGGCUGGCCCCAGUGGCUUGGCAUCCCCUCGGCCUCUGCAGCGCUCAGCCAGCGAUAUCAACCUGAAGGGGGAGGCACAGCCAGCAGCUUCUCCUGGACCCUCGCUGAGAAGCCUCCCCCACCAGCUGCUGCUCCAGCGGCUGCAAGAGGAGAAAGAUCGUGACCGGGAUGCUGACCAGGAGAGCAACAUCAGUGGCCCCUUAGCAGGCAGGGGCAGCCAGAGCAAGAUCAGCCCGAGCGGCCCGGCCGGCCCCCGGCCCGCGCCCGGCCCCCGCGCCCCCGCCCCGCCCGCACCGCCGCCCCGGGGCCCGAAGCGGAAACUUUACAGCGCCGUCCCCGGCCGCAAGUUCAUCGCGGUGAAGGCGCACAGCCCGCAGGGUGAAGGCGAGAUCCCGCUGCACCGCGGCGAGGCCGUGAAGGUGCUCAGCAUUGGGGAGGGCGGUUUCUGGGAGGGAACCGUGAAAGGCCGCACAGGCUGGUUCCCGGCCGACUGCGUGGAGGAGGUGCAGAUGAGGCAGCAUGACCCACGGCCUGAGACGCGAGAGGACCGGACGAAGCGGCUUUUUCGCCACUACACAGUGGGCUCCUACGACAGCCUCACGUCACACAGCGAUUAUGUCAUUGAUGACAAAGUGGCUGUCCUGCAGAAACGGGACCAUGAGGGCUUUGGUUUUGUGCUCCGGGGAGCCAAAGCAGAGACCCCCAUCGAGGAGUUCACGCCCACGCCAGCCUUCCCGGCACUGCAGUACCUUGAGUCGGUGGACGUGGAGGGCGUGGCCUGGAGGGCCGGGCUUCGCACGGGAGACUUCCUCAUCGAGGUGAACGGGGUGAACGUGGUGAAGGUCGGACACAAGCAGGUGGUGGCUCUGAUUCGCCAGGGUGGCAACCGCCUCGUCAUGAAGGUUGUGUCUGUGACAAGGAAGCCAGAAGAAGACGGGGCUCGGCGCAGAGCCCCACCGCCCCCCAAGAGGGCCCCCAGCACCACACUGACCCUGCGCUCCAAGUCCAUGACAGCUGAGCUUGAGGAACUCGCCUCCAUUCGGAGAAGAAAAGGGGAGAAGCUGGACGAGAUGCUGGCAGCCGCCGCAGAGCCAACGCUGAGGCCAGACAUCGCAGACGCAGACUCCAGAGCUGCCACCGUCAAACAGAGGCCCACCAGUCGGAGGAUCACACCUGCCGAGAUCAGUUCAUUGUUUGAACGCCAGGGCCUCCCAGGCCCAGAGAAGCUGCCGGGCUCCUUGCGGAAGGGGAUUCCACGGACCAAGUCUGUAGGGGAGGACGAGAAGCUGGCGUCCCUGCUGGAAGGGCGCUUCCCGCGGAGCACCUCGAUGCAAGACCCGGUGCGCGAGGGUCGCGGCAUCCCGCCCCCGCCGCAGACCGCGCCGCCUCCCCCGCCCGCGCCCUACUACUUCGACUCCGGGCCGCCCCCGGCCUUCUCGCCGCCGCCCCCGCCGGGCAGAGCCUAUGACACGGUGCGCUCCAGCUUCAAGCCCGGCCUGGAGGCGCGCCUGGGCGCGGGGGCCGCCGGCCUGUACGAGCCGGGUGCGGCCCUGGGCCCGCUGCCCUAUCCCGAGCGGCAGAAGCGCGCGCGCUCCAUGAUCAUCCUGCAGGACUCGGCGCCCGAGGUGGGCGACGCCCCUCGGCCCCCGCCCGCGGCCACCCCGCCCGAGAGACCCAAGCGCCGGCCGCGGCCGCCCGGCCCCGACAGCCCCUACGCCAACCUGGGCGCCUUCAGCGCCAGCCUCUUCGCGCCGUCCAAGCCGCAGCGCCGCAAGAGCCCCCUGGUGAAGCAGCUGCAGGUGGAGGACGCGCAGGAGCGCGCGGCCCUGGCCGUGGGCAGCCCCGGUCCCGUCGGCGGCAGCUUCGCCCGCGAGCCCUCCCCGACCCACCGCGGUCCCCGCCCGGGCGGCCUCGACUACGGCGCGGGCGAUGGCCCAGGGCUCGCGUUCGGCGGCCCGGGCCCGGCCAAGGACCGGCGGCUGGAGGAGCGGCGCCGCUCCACUGUGUUCCUGUCCGUGGGCGCCAUCGAGGGCAGCGCCCCCAGCGCGGACCUGCCAUCCCUACAGCCCUCCCGCUCCAUCGACGAGCGCCUCCUGGGGACCGGCCCCACCGCCGGCCGCGACCUGCUGUUGCCCUCCCCGGUGUCUGCUCUGAAGCCAUUGGUCAGCGGCCCGAGCCUCGGGCCCUCGGGCUCCACCUUCAUCCACCCGCUCACCGGCAAACCCCUGGACCCCAGCUCACCCCUGGCCCUUGCCCUGGCUGCCCGAGAGCGGGCUCUGGCCUCCCAGGCGCCCUCCCGGUCCCCGACACCCGUGCACAGCCCCGACGCCGACCGCCCCGGACCCCUGUUUGUGGAUGUACAGGCCCGGGACCCAGAGCGAGGGUCCCUGGCCUCCCCAGCCUUCUCCCCACGGAGCCCGGCCUGGAUUCCUGUGCCUGCUCGCAGGGAGGCAGAGAAGGCGCCCCGGGAGGAGCGGAAGUCACCCGAGGACAAGAAGUCCAUGAUCCUCAGCGUCCUGGACACAUCCCUGCAGCGGCCAGCUGGCCUCAUUGUUGUGCACGCCACCAGCAACGGGCAGGAGCCCAGCAGGCUGGCGGGGGCCGAAGAGGAGCGCCCGGGCACCCCGGAGUUGGCCCCGGCCCCCAUGCAGUCAGCAGCUGUGGCAGAGCCCCUGCCCAGCCCCCGGGCCCAGCCCCCUGGCGGCACCCCAGCAGACCCCGGGCCAGGCCAGGGCAGCUCAGAGGAAGAGCCAGAGCUGGUGUUCGCUGUGAACCUGCCACCCGCCCAGCUGUCGUCCAGCGAUGAGGAGACCCGGGAGGAGCUGGCUCGAAUUGGGUUGGUGCCACCCCCUGAAGAGUUUGCCAACGGGGUCCUGCUGGCCACCCCACUCGCUGGCCCGGGCCCCUCACCCACCACGGUGCCCAGCCCGGCCUCAGGGAAGCCCAGCAGUGAGCCACCCCCUGCCCCUGAGUCUGCAGCUGACUCUGGGGUCGAGGAGGCUGACACACGCAGCUCUAGUGACCCCCACCUGGAGACCACAAGCACCAUCUCCACGGUGUCCAGCAUGUCCACCUUGAGCUCGGAGAGCGGGGAACUCACCGACACCCACACCUCCUUCGCUGACGGACACACUUUUCUACUCGAGAAGCCACCAGUGCCUCCCAAGCCUAAGCUCAAGUCCCCGCUGGGGAAGGGGCCGGUGACCUUCAGGGACCCGCUGCUGAAGCAGUCCUCGGACAGCGAGCUCAUGGCCCAGCAGCACCAUGCCGCCUCUGCCGGGCUGGCCUCUGCCGCCGGGCCUGCCCGUCCUCGCUACCUCUUCCAGAGAAGGUCCAAGCUAUGGGGGGACCCCGUGGAGAGCCGGGGGCUCCCUGGGCCUGAAGACGACAAACCAACUGUGAUCAGUGAGCUCAGCUCCCGCCUGCAGCAGCUGAACAAAGACACGCGUUCCCUGGGGGAGGAACCGGUUGGUGGCCUGGGCAGCCUGCUGGACCCUGCCAAGAAGUCGCCCAUCGCAGCAGCUCGUGGCCCCUGUGGGUUACGGUUCAGGCAGAACCCACAAGGUGGUGUCCGCAUUGUCGGCGGGAAGGCUGCACAGCAUGGGGCCUGGCCCUGGAUGGUCAGCCUCCAGAUCUUCACGUACGGCAGUCACAGGUACCACGCAUGUGGAGGCAGCUUGCUGAAUUCGCGAUGGGUGCUCACGGCUGCUCACUGCUUCGUUGGCAAAAAUAAAGUGUAUGACUGGAGACUGGUUUUCGGAGCAAAGGAAAUUACAUACGGGAACAAUAAACCAGUAAAGGCACCUCUGCAAGAGAGAUAUGUGGAGAAAAUCAUCAUCCACGAAAAAUACAACUCUGCAACAGAGGGAAACGACAUUGCCCUCGUGAAGAUCACCCCUCCCAUUUCGUGUGGGCGUUUCGUUGGGCCGGGCUGCCUGCCCCACUUUAAGGCAGGCCUCCCCAGAGGCCCCCAGAUCUGCUGGGUGGCUGGCUGGGGAUAUAUAGAAGAGAAAGCCCCCAGGCCAUCAUCUAUGCUGAUGGAGGCGCGUGUGGAUCUCAUCGACCUGGACUUGUGUAACUCGACCCAGUGGUACAAUGGGCGCAUUCAGCCAACCAAUGUGUGCGCGGGGUAUCCUUUAGGCAAGAUUGACACCUGCCAGGGGGACAGCGGCGGGCCUCUCAUGUGCAAAGACAGCAAGAAAGGCGCCUACGUGGUCGUGGGAAUCACAAGCUGGGGGGUAGGCUGUGCCCGUGCCAAGCGCCCCGGAAUCUACACGGCCACCUGGCCCUAUCUGAACUGGAUUGCCUCCAAGAUUGGUUCUAAUGCUCUGCAUAUGAUUCAACCGGCCACCCCUCCACCCCCCACCACUAGACCGCCCCCAAUUCAACUCCCCUCCUCUCACCCUAUCUCUGCUCACCUUCCUUGGUAUUUCCAACCGCCCCCUCGACCACUUCCAUCCCGACCACCUUCAGCUCGGCCUCGACCCCCACCUCCACCCCUGCCCCCACCCCCACCUCCACCCUCACCUUUACCCCCGCCCCCGCCCCCACCUCCACCCUCAUCUACCACAAAACCUCCCCAAGGACUUUCUUUUGCCAAGCGCCUACAGCAGCUCAUAGAGGCCUUGAAAGGGAAGACCUAUUCCGACGGAAAGAACUAUUAUGACGUGGAGACCACAGAGCUCCCAGAACUGACCUCUACCUCCUGAUCUGACCCGGUUCUCAACAGACCCAGUGAGCCCUUCAGUGCUGAGAAAAAGGAAAGAUGAAAUAAAUAAAUAAACAUAUAUAUAUACACACACACACACACACAUCUGUAUGUAUACAUGCAUAGACCUCAACCCAAAUUUCCCCUAAAAAAUCUACCCUCUCGCCUUCACCCUACAAUAAGGUGGAAUUGCUUGUACA